AUGAAGCUUGAAGAGCUUCUUGCCGAUAUAAAGAGUGGAAAUACUUUUGGACCUGUUAGCGCUGUGCUGCACAAGGUCGAAUUCCAAAAGCGUGGCCUUCCCCAUGCUCACAUCAUUAUCUGGCUUGGUCAAGACACCUCACAACCAAACCCUUCAUUCAUUGAUAAGUUCAUAAGCGCUGAGAUUCCUGGCCCAUGCACAGACCCUCUCGGCUAUGCAUUAGUCGCUGAACAUAUGAUGCAUGGUCCAUGUGGACCAGCACACCAAAGCUGCCCAUGUAUGAAAAAGGAGAGAAUGCCUGUACAUCAUCCUGAUGACAACUGUAUAGUCUACGACACAAAUACUGACAUAGCCAGUGUUGCCUCUGAAGAGUUUUUGCGCAGGACGAUGCUCACCGAAUGGUUCGUGGCUAACCAAAACGAUCGUAGUGGCAGGGAUCUUAUCUAUUGUGAGUUCCCAUCCAAAUGGAGAUGGGAGACUUCUUCUAGGUCCUGGGAACGUAGACGGCGAGGUACUGGCAAGAUUGGUAGGAUUUACUAUGUUCACCCCUCUGCUGACUGGCGUGCAAUGCCCGUGGCUUGCUUGGCGACGAUAAAGAGUGGUACGAUGCUUUUGAUGAGGCUGCUGCCUGGGCAACAUCCUCACAGCUUAGAAAACUUUUUUGUCACUAUGAUAUUGUUCUGUGAGGUGAGUGAUGAGUACGCUUUCUUUGAAAAGGUUUGGAAACUUCUAGCUGAUGACAUCCAGUAUCGCUUUAGAGACAGCCUGGGCAACACUGAAUACCAGAUUUCUGAUACAGACCUUAAAAAUUAUUUGCAUGACGACCUUUCAUCUCUUUUUUCUAAGCACGGGGUGAGAAUGAGAGACCAUGAUUUACCCCAGAGAACCGAUAGGUCAGAGUGUGCUUCAGGUAAUAGACUUAUCGAAGAAGAGCUAUCAUAUGAUGUUGAUCGGUUGAUGUCCGAAGCAACUGAAUUGGUUGCUAGACCGAACCAGCAACAGUUGUCUGCUUUUAGAGUAAUCACAGAGACUGUUGUAGACGGUGCACCAGGUUUCUUCUUUGUGUCUGGCUAUGGAGGUACCGGGAAAACUUUCCUUUGGGGUGCUAUAGUUGCAUGGCUGCGCGCGCACAAAAAAAUCGUCCCCACUGUUGCUUCUUCUGGUGUUGCUUCCCUCCUGUUGUCGGGUGGUAGGACUGCCCAUUCACGAUUCAAGAUACCAUGUGAUCUUGACGAUAGUAGUGUCUGUGACAUUAAACGUAGUUCUAUGCUGGGUGAAUUGAUUGAAUCCGCGUCGCUUGUUAUCUGGGACGAGGCCCUGGAUAGAACAUUUAGAGACCUCCUCUCGCGGCAGACCGAAGGUGCUGGGAGUUUGGUUUUCGGUGGUAAGGUGGUUGUGCUGGGUGGUGACCUGCGUCAGAUACUGCCUGUGGUUGAGGGUGGUGGUAGGGCACAGUGUGCUCCUAUGGCUUUUGCUACUCUCCCUUCGCUGUGCCCUGGAGACUGGCGUGCAACCAUUCGUGUGCGUGUUUGCCACAAGUGGGAAUACCAUGGUGGAACUGAUGAUGGUUCGAUACAACACAUGGAUCUUGUGCUUGUUGAUGAGCAGGGAAAUAGCAUGUAUGGUGAGAUCCCAACACAGGAGGUGGAGGCAAAGAGCCCUCUCAUAGAAGAGGGCGGUAUUUUCGUGAUCAGCCGCUUUAGAGUGUCCAACGCAAAGUUGGGUUACAGAGCUGUUGAUGCCCGCUAUAUGGUUGAGUUCACGCUCCACACCACAGUUGUUGCAGCAAGAGAUGACAUGCCUGACUUCCCAAGAUAUGCUUACAAGAUAACAACCUAUAGAUGCACUUACCUCCCAUGCUGGUGA